AUGAGGAGUAUUCUAAAUAGCGUGUUUUUUGUGAACCAGAACCUUGGCAAGAACGCAAAGUGUAGGAGAUUCGUUUCGGCCACAUGUAGAGUGAAAAGUAUUUUCAAUCAUAAUAAGUAUGUGUUUAAGGGCACGGACUACAGCCUGUGGAGUGAAGGGAGAAAUGCACAGCAGGGGUGUGUGCAUCUUACGGGGAAAAACAAAAAAUGCUUUUCAACUUUUAUGAAGAAUGUUAUCGAGCAGGUCAAAAAAGACAUGAAGGAAAACAAGCAGUACCAAGAGGCCUUGAAGGAGUUGAAGGAAAAAACCGAAAUCGACCACAAGGCGGUGAAGUUGAAAAAAAAAAUUCGAGACAACAUAAAUCUGCUGAAGCACAUAAAAGAAAAAAAUGAAGAAGCAGUGAAGCUAGUCUACAAUGACGUUAACAAUUUUAUUCGCUACUGUUUUGAGAAUUACACAAUUUUCAGAUUUUCCAAAAAUGCUAGUGUGAAAUUUUUUCUUCUUCUGCACAAGUUGCUCCUGUGCACAAGCAGCAAGGUAACAGAACUGACUGACAAGUGGAACGAAAAGAACAGCGCCUUUGUGCAGCUGGACAAGUGGAGGCAGGAAAUGGCCAUCAGGCGGUACAAGAAAAGUGCGGCAAAAAAUAAGGACAACGCUGCGGAUAGCGGCGUUUCAGGCAGUAAUGACCUCGGCAUGGAAGAAAAGGGACCCUUGCAAAAUGAGUCCAGCACAGAUAGUGUAAAUGGAGGGAGACAAUGUGGAGAGGGCCCAGAGGAGAAGAUCGCGGAGGACAAACCCGAGAGCAGUGAACUCGUAUUGGCACAGGAGUCUGCGUGGGAUAAAUUUGGAAGCAAACUGAAAGACAUGCCAUUUUUAAACAACUUUUUUGAAAAUCCUAUUUUGGGGAAAUUAUUUGGCGAGACCGAAUUGGCAGCAGCAUUGAGGGAGAUGAAAACGUAUGACAAGGAUUUUAAAUUGUCUGAAUUGAUGUACUUAUUUGAGUUUGUUAUUUCGAAGCACAUCGUGGAGUCAUAUUUAAUUGGUGAUGAAGAGACGCUUCGUUUGCAUUGCGGGCAAUCAGCUUUUAAUUCUUUAAACGCAAGUAUAAACGAGAGGAAGAAAAAAAAAGUGUAUUUGGACACAAAUGUGUUGAUAUACAAAAAUCAUGAACUAAAGGGGGCGCAGAGAAUGGAGGAGAGUUCCCCCUGGUUCAUUUUUACCUUCCACACGCAGCAAAUUAACUGCUUAAAGAAUGCGAAUGAUGAAAUUAUUGAGGGGAACAUCGACGACAUUCGCGAGGUGGUUUACACCAUCGCUCUGUCCAAGCACCCCGAGCCCGAGAGGGAGGGCCUGCUCUACCCCUACAUCGUGCGCGAGUUCGCCAUCAUUGGAAACACCCCCUCGUGGUGA